CUUGCCACUCGCCCUCUUCACCGCUAGCACCAAGGGGCAGCUUUGCCUUUGGACCAUUUCAGCAUGUCUCCAUCGACCUCACCUGUUGAGGGUCCACAUGGUGACAGCGAGGUAGCCGAAAGCGCUACCUCUACGUCUCCUCCCAAGGACACCGCAUCAACAGAGCCUACUCAAGCCGCCAACAACGAGACAGACGAGUCUGUGUCACCCGCGCCAGACGGCCACGAUGGACCAUCAGAGAGCACGAGCAAGCAAUCAGAGCCAGAGCACGCAGCUGACAGCGCUGUCGAAGAAGAAGCAUCAGCGGGUGCGAGCCUAGUACAGCCAGAUGCGCCUCAGUUCAGUCAUCACGAGCACCUCGACACCUCGCAACCAGCCGGCAGUGCCUCAACGACAGUCGCUACUGAUGGCGACGAAAAGGGGGCAGCAGCUUCAUCUCAACACACUGAGCUGUCUGUUGCUGCUGCUGCUGCUGCUGCUGCUGAGUCCUCGACAUCCUCCAAAACACCGGUGGCCGUGGUCCCGCCAGUUCAGCCGAUGGAUGAUUUGACCCACACUCUCAGCACAACGCACAUCGGCGCAUCUGAAGAAGCUGAAGAAGCUACAGCGCACGACAACCCUGCCGCUUCUGAAGCAGCAGCCGCGUCGUCGGCCGACAUAGGCCUGUCAUCCUCUCCACCUGAACCGGAGGAGAAGCCCUCUACGCCUACCGCGAGCAUGCCCAGUGUGGAUGACCCCCCGGCAUCAAGCUCCCUGGCACCAACAAAAGCGGCAAGCGCAGCUCUCUCACCACCCCUUCCGUCCAAGAAACAGUCGCUCCCCCCUCCACCGCUCCCAGGCAAAGCAGAGACUGCGCACGAGGCGUCCCAGGAUGAGAAGGAGGCAGUCGCGCGAGCCUUUGGCGUGAGCAACACUCCGCCCGCCGUGCCCGGCACCCCUGAUACGGCUGCUCAAACGGCACCACCAGAACCCUCCUCCGGUGCUCACCACAAGCUCGCAUCCCCCACCACCCCGCACACUCCUUCCUCAGCAAGCAGCAGCCACCCCGGCAAGUCGCCCGGCAUUCGCAUCGGCAAGGGUCCACCUCCAACUACUCUUCCAGCAGAAGAAGCCCCAUUCGAUUUCAAUCGCUUCCUCGAGCAGAUGAAGGAUCCCUCUGCACGCGGCGUGGGGGAGUACGUGCGAUCCUUCAUAAAGGGCUUCGCGAAGAAGCCUUACCGUACUUCUGAUCAGAUCAAACUGAUCUUCGACUUUCUCGACUUUAUUGGAGCGAGGAUGAGGGGAUGUCAGGUGUGGGCGAAUCUGGACGAGGGGGAAUUUGAAAAUGCGAGGGAGGCAAUGGAGAAGUUGGUGAUGAACAGACUCUACUCCUUCACCUUCACCCCCGCCGUAGCCAAAGAAGGACGCUGGUCCCCACAGACUGACGACCUAGAGCGGGAUCGUGUCCUGCGGGAGCGCAUUGAGCUCUUUGGCUGGCUACAAGAGGAACACCUCGACGUACCCAAGGGCGACCACUCGCGAGGCUUUGUCGACUUUGCAAUUCAGGAGCUGCUCAAGAUCAACCAUUACAAGGCGCCGAGGGAUAAACUGAUUUGCAUCUUGAACUGCUGCAAGGUCAUCUUUGGGUUGAUCAGGCAUUUGGGAAGUGACGAGAAUGCCGACACGUUCGUCCCCGUCCUCAUUUUCGUCGUCCUCAAAGCCAACCCCGAGCACCUGAUCAGCAACGUAGAGUACAUCGGCCGGUUCCGUAACCCGGACAAGCUCUCGAGCGAGAGUGGCUACUACCUCUCCAGCUUGAUGGGCGCGACAGCCUUCAUAGAGACGAUGGACUACUCGAGUCUGUCCAAUAUCACGCAAGAGGAGUUCGAGAAAAGGGUGGAGGAGGCGGUCCAGGUGGUUGGAAAGAGGAAGGCGGCUGCGGGAGGGGUGUCGGCAGCAGUGCCAUCGAGCGGCGCGAGCACGCUGGCUCCUCCUCAACAUCGUCGCACUGUAAGCGCCUCCGACCCUCACGCUCCCCUUGGGCAAGGGGAAGAAGCCGCCUCGUACCUCCCAGCUGGGCAAACCUCUCCACCCGCACUCACCUUUGCAGACGACACCAAGGCCUUCUUCCAGCGAACGGGAGAGGCGGCUCGUGUUGGCAUUACUAACAGCCUGGGCAAGCCCAUUGGGGCUUUGGGCAAGCUGCUCGGCGAAGGGCUGGAUGGCAUCAGGACGCCUGGGUCUGGUGGGCCGGGUAGUAGUGUGGGUGCCAGCCCGGCGAGGGUUGAGAGCCCAGCGGGGGAGAAGCAACAGCAGAUCCAGCAACAACAGCAGGAGAGCGCACCGCGCGGCAUGUGGGGUGGCUUGUUUGGCCAGCUUGACGAAGCAGGAGGCAGCGGUGCUCCCCCACCUCAGACGCCCGCUCAUGCCCAGCAGAGGCAGGGUCCUUUCUCCUCGCUCAUGCGCGUCGGAGGCGGUGGCGGACAACCAACAGACUCAGCUCCCUCCAGCGGCUCCAAUCACCCACCCCAGCGUCGCAUCGGGGAAACCCCUUACGCCCCUCCGAGGCAGAGACCAGCUCAGAUCUUGACUCAUGGUGUCCAAGGGCAAGGAGGCAGGCCAGCCGCAUCGAGGCAAGACUCGCUCGACCCCUUCAAUUCACCGGAUCCUGCCACCACGACCACCCCCGGGAUGGGGCCUGGCAAGGGCGGCGCUGCAGCGGACGGUAGAUUCCCUGGGCAGCGUAGCCAGCUGCAGAGCCGCGGAGCAAGAGGGGAUACCUAUGACCUAGAUGAGUAUGAUGAGGACGAUGAAGAUGGCGGGCGCGGUGGGCGUGGGAGCAUUGGUACGCCAAGCGACGUAGAUACGGAUGACGAGGACGGACAGCAGAGGCGUGCGACGACAAGGAGCAGACUGCCAGACUUUGGUGCUUUUGUGCCUUCAUUCCUUUCGCAGGGAGCCACAGCGCCUGGUGUCGACCAGCAACAGCGUCAACAACACCAGUACCUGCAACGUGGCCCGAAUCGUGGCCGUUCUGCCUUCCCUUCCUCCUCGGCCGGCGGGCCCAUCUCCUCAGACCCACACGGCGACGACGGCAUGGAUACGAUCGACUCAUCCCUCGUGCCCGUGAGCGAUGAGCCCGAGCAAGAGCAGGACAUGUCUGCCCUCUCCGCCGAGGUGGAGCGUCGACAUCGUGAGCAGGUGGAGGCGAGUGUCGAGACGCUCAAGAGCGUCUUUCCCCAGGUGGACGAUGAGGUUAGACGAGCUGUGUUGGAGGAGUGUGGUGGGGAUGUUGGAACAGCUAUUGAUCGCUUGCUCGAGAUGCAAGACGACUAGGCGCCUCAUCGACUACAGUACAUCGGGCCUUGGUCAGCUCCCUCUCACGGGCUGCAUUCGCCCUCCUCCAUAGACGUAGACCAUCGCCUCUUCCUGUUCUUGCUCCCUACUCUCCUAUGCGGGACCAAGAUCUCUUCGCCCCACGCCUUCUCUCUCAAUCAAUGUGCUCCUUCUACAGCGUAUUGAU